GGCGGGGCCGCGCGCGCCGGGUGCCAUGCGCAGCGCCGCGCGCGCCGCCCGCCUCAUGGCCGCCGCCGUGGGCGCCGGGAGCGGCGCCGGGAGCGGGCCCAAGCGGCCGCGGCCCGAGCCCGCCCCCCGCAUCGGCACCCACGACGGUACCUUCCACUGCGACGAGGUGCUGGCGUGCUACCUGCUGCGCCUCCUGCCCCGCUACCGGGAUGCAGAGGUGGUGCGCACCCGGGACCCCCAGCGCCUGGCCCAGUGCGACGUGGUGGUGGAUGUAGGGGGCGAGUACGACCCCGAGCGACACCGCUAUGACCAUCACCAGAGGUCCUUCACGCAGUCCAUGCGGAGCCUCCGGCCCGACAAGCCUUGGACGACGAAGCUGAGCAGCGCCGGGUUGGUCUAUUGCCAUUUCGGCUCCCAAAUCCUCGCUGGGCUCCUGGGGCAGCCAGAGGACGGCCCCGUUGUGACAGCGCUCUACGAUAAGCUGUAUGAGAACUUCGUGGAGGAGAUCGACGCCAUCGACAACGGCAUCGCGCAGGCGGAGGGGGAGCCCCGCUACGCCCUCACCACCACCCUCAGCGCCCGCGUCGGCCACCUGAACCCCCGCUGGAACGACCCCGACCAGGACACCGAGGCGGGGUUCAAGCGGGCGAUGGAGCUGGUCGGGGGUGAGUUCAUGGACCGGCUCGACUACUACCACCGCGCCUGGCUGCCCGCGCGGGCGCUGGUGGAGGAGGCCGUCCGGCGACGCUUUGAGGUGGACGCCAGCGGGGCGGUGCUGGAGCUGCCGCAGGGCGGCUGCCCCUGGAAGGAGCACGUCUUCAGGCUGGAGCAGGAGCUGGCGCUGCCCGAACCCCUCCAGCUGGUGCUGUUCCCCGACCGCGGCGGGCAGUGGCGGGUGCAGAGCGUCCCGGCGGGGCCGCACACCUUCCAGAGCCGCCUCCCUCUCCCCGAGCCCUGGCGUGGGGUGCGGGACGAGGCGCUGUCACAGCUCACCGGCAUCCCCGGCUGCGUCUUCGUACACGCCAGCGGCUUCAUCGGAGGCAACCGCACGCGGGAGGGGGCCUUGGAAAUGGCCCGGCGGACGCUGGCCCAGCGGCAAGAAGGGGGAGCACGGAGCGGGUGACACACCCCCCCCCCCCAUCGUGGCCAUCCCAAAAGGGACCCCUUGCCGAGCGUGGAGGGUUCAGGGACUGCUGCUGGGAGCGGCCGAGACCGUCCCCACUCGGCUCGUGUAACAGAAUCGCAGAGGGACACUAUAAUGGAGCUGUCUGUCCGGCAGGGGGGGGCCCAGGCUGCCCCCAGGGGUGUCACUGGUCCCAGUCCCAGCGUUGGACUGGUGCGAGCCAAAUCAGACCCCAAACCAAGAGACUUUUUGGACCCGUUUCUCUGAAGAUUGUCCCCAUUCCUGUUAUGUAUCCGCUGCCGCCAGGUUCCCAACACCAGUA